UCCCCUUCUCCAGCUAUCAAAGAAAUCAACAUUAUCUCUUUGUUUCUUAGGAUUUGAUUCUAAAGAAGGAAAUUGGUAUCAUUAUAUCAGAGUCAAAUUCAAUCAGAAAGAAAAGCAUCUUUGUAGCACAAUCAUCUAAAAUCACAAACUUCAACAACCUUAGAAAUAUGCUGAUUGAAGUAAUCACGGAGAAGGACAAUUAAGUAAAUCUGAAACAAAUGCUGAUUCUAAAGCUCAUUUCAACUUUAAGAGAACAAUAUGAACAAAAAGUCACAAGUUUGAUGGGAAAUUUCCAUUCUGGUCCUAGUAAGUAUUUUAAUUACAUCUGUUAAUCUGGGAAUGUGCUCUGCAACUGGGAAAUCAUGAAGCAAAUUUAACAGAACUGCUCUUUCCGAAAAGAAUUAUCACUCAUCAAAACCUCUGAAAGGUUAAAACUAUAAUUCUGAAAAAUAGUUUUUUUUGCUUUGGGCCACCUUUUUUUUUUCUUUUUUUCUUGAGAUAGUAAAUGCCCUGAGGCUCUGACCCAGCUUCAGAAAAAAAGCCAGUAGAGUGAAUUCGGGAGGAAAAAAAUAUAUAUCCAAUUGAGGAUGAGCAAAAGGGUAACAGGAAUUAAGAACUGACAUGGAAAAGGAAUACCCUAAAAGUAUGUAUAUAAGGGCCAAAAAGGCAGCUUGCAAAUAGGUUGUUUCCGAUCUCCUCUCCUCACCUGGACGAACCAAUCCUUUGCAGGAACACCAUGUCUUGCUCAUCUCUAGUGUCCUCCUCCGGGGCUGGUGGCAGCAGCUUCAGCAGCAGAAGCAGAUGCAGUCUGGGGGGAGGCUCUGCCCGGGGAUUCCGAGGAGGGGCCAGCAGCUGUGGCCUGAGUGGGGGCUCCAGCAGGGGCUUUGGAGGCAGCUUUGGAGGUAGUUUUGGUAGCUGCUCAAUAGGGGGCGGUUUGGGAGGAGCUUCAGCCUCUGGGAUUGGCUUUGGUGGAGGGGCUGGAUUCGGAGGGGGUACUAGCGGAGGCUUCUACAGCUAUGCUGGUGGUAUGGGUGGUGGUGUUGGCCAUGGGGGGCUUUUCUCUGGAGGUGAAAAGCAAACCAUGCAGAACCUCAGUGACUGGCUGGCCAAUUACCUAGACAAAGUCAGAGCCCUGGAGAAGGCUGAUCUGGAGAACAAAAUCAAGGAGUGGUAUGACAAAUUUGGGCCUGGGUCUGGAGUUGGUGGAGCUGGAAGAGAUUACAGUAAAUACUAUCCAAUCAUUGAAGAUCUUAGGAAUCAGAUCCUUACUGCCACUAUCGAAAAUGCUGGGAUUGUUCUGCAAAUUGACAAUGCCAGACUGACUGCUGAUGACUUCAGACUGAAAUACAAGAACGAGCUGCAUCUCCGGCAGCCCGUGGAGGCUGACAUCAAUGGCCUGCAGAAAGUGCUGGAUGACCUGACCAUGACUCGCUCUGACUUGGAGAUGCAGACUGAGAGCCUCACAGAGGAGCUGGCCUACCUGAAGAAGAACCACCAGGAGGAAAUGAAGAGUAUGCAACGAAGCUCCGGAGGGGAUGUGACCGUAGAACGGAACCCAGGGACGGACCUGACUAAGUUACGGAAUGACAUGAGGGCACAGUAUGAGGACCUGGCUGAGCGGAACCACUGCGAGGCUGAAGAGCAGUUCAACGAGCAGAGCGCAUCUCUGCAAGCACAGAUCUCUACCGAUGCUGAUGCCAGGCCAGCCAGUUCCACCAAGAAUGAGAUCACAGAACUGAAACGCACUCUGCAAGCCCUGGAAAUUGAGCUGCAGUCCCAACUGGCCAUGAAAAGCUCCCUGGAAGGAACCUUGGCUGACACGGAGGCUGGCUACAUGGUACAGCUGUCACAAAUUCAGAUGCAGAUCAGCGGCCUGGAGGAGCAGAUCUGCCAGAUCUGGGGUGAGACUGAACGCCAGAACACAGAGUAUGAGCAGCUGCUGGACAUCAAGACCCGCCUGGAGAUGGAGAUUGAUCCCCACCACUGCCUGCUUGAUGGAGAAGGAGGUGGUUCUGGUUUUGGAGGAUCUGAUUUUAGAAACUCGGGAUCAGAAACAGGGUCCAGAAACACCGGAUCCAGGGAUUCAUCCAUGUCUAGUGACUCAAGAUCUGGAAGCUGUUCUGUCCAAGGAAGAGAUCCAAGCUAGACUAGAGUGACUAAGACCAUCGUAGAGGAGGUGGUGGAUGGCAAAGUUGUCUCAUCUCAAGUCAGCAACGUUUCUGAGGUGAAACUUAAAUAGGCAAUUUCCAGAUCAACAAGAGUGUCCUUCAGAGAAAACAAUCUAAAAGACACGAAUGAAGAAGCUGCAUCAAUCUAGCCAUCUUUCCGGCUAACUUCGGGAAAAAGUUUCCAUACAGAAAUAGAUGACUAACCAAUUUUUCUGCAUCUUUUUCUUUUCUUAUUAGAAUUCUCUUGAAAAAGUUGAAAUGACAGCUUUGCUCUAAUUGUUUCUAUGCUUCAAUAAAUUUACUUUUGCAAGUCAACUAAAUUAUUUCUGAAUAUUUUUAAAGAAAUGCAAUAUUUUACCCAGAAAUGAAGUUCUAGAUUAUGAUCUAGCUGCAUUAUCGUUACAAAUAAUAAUGUACACAUUAUUCAUUAUUUACAUAGUGUCUUCCUCAUGAGAAUGAAAAUUAUAGCCAUUUUGUAUGUGGGAAUUUUUUUU